AUGUAUCAAGCCUCCUCUUUUCGCACAGCUUAUAGACCCAAGGGAUAUGCAAAAGUAACAACGGAAGCCUCAAUCAAACUGAAAGAAGGAAAACUGGACUCACAAAGUGGACUUGAAGGUGCAUCAUAUGCUAAUGGUCCCGGUAAAGUUACCGAAACUAACCCAACAGUUCUCUUUCAUCCAGGAAAUCAUGAAGCUCAGAUGUGCUAUGAAGGAGAAGGUGAUCUACACAAACAUGUUACUGGCUGUAAGAAGAAUCCAGGUCACAAAGGUUUUAUACCUCUUAAAGAUUUUAACUCGGGUUGUCUCCCCUCACGUUACCAUGACGAAGACCUCAUGUCUGAGACAAUCAAAACAUUGGCAGCCCUAACUGUCCAGGUAAAGACUAAAUUCACCAGUCUAGAGAGACCAGAGUUUUAUCCAGGAACUCUAGUUCCAUAUCCAUUUUAUAAUGACAAAGGAAGUCACGUGAUGAGGUUAGGGACAGGGAGGAUUUGUUGGGCGGACAAGUAUACAGAUAGUAAAGAAACUUGUCGUUGUGCCAAGUGUCAAGUCUCUGCAACACCCAGCAAAGUGUGGGGGGAGGUUUGUGUGUUGACAGCCACACACGUGGUGUUUGAUGACAGUGAGGCGAGACAGACCAGCUGUAUUUUAGGUUUUGAUGAUAAUACAAGACCAGGGGUCAGUCUUAAUGGCUGGAAGGUCUCUGUAGGACAAUGGACACGCAAAGAAGAGAGGGUUGAUGGCCAUAUCUGGACCAGGUACUGGUACACAACAAGUACAUGUCCAGGCUCCAGUGGAGCGCCUAUAUUCAUGCUGGGAUAUUGCGGGAGGUUGUAUCGCCAUUCCCACAGUGCAUCAAACUCGGAAGGAAAUUAUAGUGGAGAGUGGAGAGGCUGA